GUUUUUUAUAACUUGUAAAGGAUCUGGCAACCUGGGCAUGUUGUCUUGAUCAGUUGGUUCCAGAGUCAAGCGCGUUCAUAAAAAUCUUAGGUAACAUCACUGAUGGCAGCUUGUGCAAAAGUGAUGGAAAGCAUUAUGAUCCUUGAUGACGAUGAUGAAACUGAAGAGCCUUCCGUGUCUACAUUACCUCCUCAAGCAACAUCCUGUGUGACCAGUACAUUAAAAGUUCAACAGUCACAGUCAACUCACAUUACAGAAUCACCUUUUGCUUCUGCUAAGAAAAAGAGCCAUAUCUUGAAAAUAGAGAAUGAGAAGCUUUUUGGAGAGUUUGUGGAUCAUUGUUCAGCACAUACUCAAGAACACCCAGAGGUUAUGACCUUUCUUCAGACAAAGUACUCCAAGGCCUCAUCUGAUUUUUUGAUGUCUGUGGAGUUCCGGAACGCUUUGGGCCGAUGUCUGAUGCGAGCCCAGGCCAACACCACUAAAACUUUUGUUUACAUCAAUGAACUCUGCACCAUGCUCAAGCAACACUCUGCCAAAAGAAGGGCCUUCAUCCAGCCUUGCAAUGCCAAAAAGCAAGAGAACAAUGAGAGCAGUGGCACAGAUGAGAAAGUUAUUAAAGAAGAUGAAUGUACCUCAAAGGUCGUGGAGGAGGAGGAAAGGAAAACUAAAAAAGCUUCCAGAAGACAGAUAGCAUAUCUGGAGAACUUAUUGAAGGUUUAUAAUGAUGAGAUCAAGCGGCUGCAGCAGAGGGAUUUGGAUUUGGAGGAUCUAGAGAAGGAGGACUCCAGCUACAUUCAGGAGCAUAAGCUCAAGCGCAAAAUAAUGAAGAUCUAUAAUAAACUGUGUGAGCUGAAGGACUGCAGCACGCUGACUGGCAGGGUUUUAGAACAGAGAAUUACCUACACUGGCAGUCGUUACCCAGAGAUCAAUAAAAAGAUUGAGCGAUUUAUAAACCGAGCAGAGGUCCUACUAAAUCCUCCAGACUAUGGGGACAUUCUUCAAGUGGUGAAGCGUGCUAAUGAAAGGUACAGCCUUGUGCUCAGCAAUAAGCAGCAAACACAGAUUGCGCAGGAUGUGUUUCGUGAAACAGGCAACAGGCUUCAAGAGAGGCGCCAUCUUGACAUGGUAUACAACUUCGGCUCUCAUCUUACAGACCUCUACAAGCCCACCUUAGACCCGGCCCUCGGUGACACAGUUUUAGCCCAGAAGCUGCGCACAAACAGAACGUUGGCUCUUACAAACCUGGAGAAGGUUAUUAAUACAUAUGCCAACAAACAGGAUGACACAGAGGAGGAGGAAAGACGGAAACGCCUGGAGAAAGAAAGAGAGAGGAAAGAGAAUGGCCAACAGAAUGCUACAAAAGAACCAGAGUGGGAUAAGUGUGAUCAGCAGCAGGAGGAAGAGGAGGAGGAGGAGGAAGAAGAGGAGGAUGCUUCAUCAGAUCCUGAUAUUGAGGAAGAGAUCCAGGCCAGCACAGCACAAGUGGGACCAGAUGAUGAAGACAAUGAAGACAAUGAAGACAAUGAUGACAAUGAUGAGGAUAAGCAGUUGCACAGCUAUGACACUGACGAGCCAACCAAUGAUGGGUUGUCUCCAUCAGUAAAUUUGUUCAGCCAUGAUGCAGGUGAAAGUGUUGAUGACAGCCCACUGUCUGUCAGUGAAACAUGUGUGGGUGAUUUUACAGAAAUGUCACUUGAUGGCCAACGUGCUAUAGAAAGUCCUUCCUCCUCAGAGAUCCCCAAUCAAUCAGUAGUGAUCAAAUCUCAGUCUACAAUGAAAACCGUUGCUUCUAAUUGCCAUUUUGAAGCUAUGCCAAACAGCAACAGUGAUGUCACAAAUAAUGUGUCAACCAAUCAGAACACAGUGCCCACCCCAUUAACAAAGUUGGUUGGUUGCAGUCCUUCGACACUUAGCCCUGAGGUGCUCAAAUUGACGAGUAGCAGCAAGAAGAGGAAACGUGAAUCAAAGACAAACCACAGAGAUGACCAUUUGGAUAUGGAAAUGACAUGUGUGCGAGCUGACUCCACCCAGGUUGACACACCCAAUCAGGACUUGGUCAGCAGCUCUUGCUCUACACCGCCACCUAAAAAGAAUAAGGUGAAUGUGGCAACACAGUGCGACCCAGAAGAAGUAAUCAUUCUCUCAGAUUCUGACUAAACUGUACCAACUGCUAUGUUACAAACCAGUCAACUGUAACUUUUCUUUGUUUUAAAUCUGCCUGACAAUGUGAAAUAUUGAAAGUGACACAAAAGUAAAUUUUUACAAUUGCAAGUACAUUUUUACAAUUUCAGGGUUUUCUAAGGGUUUUUCUAGUAUAUUUUAAUAGUUAAAUGGUAUUUGUAUUUAAUAUUAAUGUCUGAAAACAAGUAAAAGUUUGGUCUUUGUUUUAUGUAGAUUAAACAGGAAAGGCCUAUUUAAUUUGAGUUCUUUUAUAAACUCAAUAAAAGCUUAUUUUUGUGGA